AUGAGAACAGUGACCAGUAGAAAGGUCGUGAGAAGGGCAGCCAUAAAGAACCGAGAUGUCAUCACCACGACCAGGGCUCAAGGAUUCUACAAAAUGUUGUAUGCCAACUACUGGCCGCCAAACAGAUAUGAUGGCCCCCAGGACCUCCUGGAGACCCUGAUGGCAAUGGAAGACCCUUCAGAUCCUGGAGGAGGUGGAGGAGGAGAUGGCCCAAGGCGCAAGCCCUUCGACGCCAAACAGGAUGCCAAUGUGUACCCUGUUCUGAAGACCAACAAGACAUUCGACCAAUGGUACAAUGUCUUCAUCACGACAGCUAGAGCCCAGGGGUUUUACAACCUCUUUGAUGCCAGCUACGUGCCACCAGACAAGGACUUGGAGUACGAGCUCCGAAGGAUGAACGAUUGGUUCUAUGCCGUUUUCCAGAAGAUCGUGAAGACCACCAAGGGGAAGGUCGUAGUCAAGGAUCAUUUCCAUGACUGUGAUUGCUUCCACAUCCUGCAUGAGCUGAUCCACGAUGCACACAACUCUGUGGAAGGUUCAAUAGAGUCUGUAGACACCCUCAACUGGCUCACCAGGAUCAAGUACUCAACAACCAAGGGCUCUGCAGUGGAGUUCAUCAUCAACUACGAUGAGGUCCUCACACGGUACAGCGACUCCAAGACCAGCGAGCAGGACAAACUCAGUGAUAGUAUUCAAAAACUCUUCCUACAGCAGGCGUUCAUUGACAUCAAGGUUCUUAAUGACAUCAGCGCCAGAGAGCAGGAGAACAUGUGCAGCAAUGGUGCACACAUGUCUUACUCGUACGAGAAAUACAAGGAGGUACUGACCAACGCUGCGACCAGGUUUGAUGUCAUCACAAGCUUCUACCCACUGGCAGGUCCCGCAGAGCCAACAUGGCUGUGA